UCGGCUGUGUGUGAUGAACGACAUUUUGAAAAUCCCAAUCGAAAACGGUUUGACAGCUGUGUUGUUCGAUCAAUCGUUAAUUGCGUCUACUUCUUGUUUAAAGAAAAAAAAAGUACAAUUUUUUUUAAAACCAAAAUCGCUUUAAUUCCAUCACAAUUUUAAUCGCAUCGAUUCAAAAAGUGUAAUACAGCAUGUAAAAAUGUGGCAAAAAGAGUCGAAACAUAAAAAUGCGUUGUACGUAAAUUUGUGUGGUUUCGGUCGAAAUUUGGAUGAUACCUACAAAGAUGUGCGCUCCGAAAUAAAUGUGAAUAAAAAGAUAAAAUCUCUUCAUGCAAAGUGUGACGCAACAUCAUCGAAAAAACAAAAAUCGGCAAAAAUUUAUUUUGAAGAUGGUGAUUGGGAAUCGGCGAUUUUAAAGUGCAAUGAAUCAUUGUGCUUUGCUGAAAAUGGUUCAUCGUGUCUCGGUUUUUCUUAUGCAUUUCGUUCGGCUUGUUUUUUCAACAUGCGUAUGUAUGAGCAAUGCUUGGUUGACAUACAAUUGGCAAAAGAGAAUAAUUAUCCCAAGCAAUUGUUCUCGGAAUUGGAGAAGCGGAAAAUGAGUUGCUUGAAAUACAUCGCAAACGGAUUUCAAGUUAACGUUCAUGAACCGCAAUUGAAUUAUACAGCCGAUGAAAGAUUUUCCAGUCUGUCAAAUGCCAUCAAAAUCGAACUGGCUGGUAAAAAUUAUCGAACGGUGGUGGCGAAACAAAACAUUGAUGUCGGCCAAAUUGUUGCUGUUGACAAAGCAUUUACGAAAACAUCGUUUGUGAUCUACGGAUGGCAGUGUAACAUUUGUUUGAAACGCAAUACCAACCUGGUGCCAUGCAAAAAAUGCACAAAUACAAUGAUUUGCUGUGAAUGCAACGACAAAGGUAACGGCAAUUGUCUGCACAAGUACGAAUGUGGCAUGAAAACGUCAUUGUACAGCAAUUACAACAAUUAUUUAAUGCAAGAGUUGCGCACAUUCUUCAUUGCCAUGAAUAUGUUUUCGAAUGCUGACGAGAUGAUGCACUUUGUAGAGCACAGCAUCAACAGUGAUCCAUUGGAAAUACCCAGCGCACUUGAUGAUAACCGUUCAAAGUAUCGGGCAUUCUUGAAGCAGGCCAAAAACUCAAGUGACACAAGAGAUAAACAGUUUCUUCCAAUUGUAUUCUGUGUGUACAAAAUUUUGCUGGAAAUUCCACAGGUGAGCAUAGUGUUUGCAUCAAAGAAACACCGACGCUUCUUGAUGCACCUCAUUGGGCAGCAUGUUCAAGUGAAUUUGCGUCAAACGUAUGUGGCUACGAAACCCAUUGUCAAGCCGAAUGGCGAAAAGGAAUAUCGCAGAUUGUACUCUCAGGUCGGUGUUUUGUUGGGAUAUUUCAAUCACAGUUGUGUGCCGAAUGUUCAUUUGGUUGAUCAUGAUGGUGAUACAAUUUACUAUGCACUUCGUCCGAUUCACGCUGGUGAAGACCUCUUAAUUUCCUACUUUAAAUUCCAAUGGAAUGAUUCAUCGAUUGAAAAGCUCAUCGAACUCAAUUGCGUGUGUGAAUGUUGUAAACACAAACAUCCAUCAACAGAUGAUGUCAUUGAAUUCCGAAAAGAUCCCGAUUUUCAGUAUAUUAUUCGGUGCAACCUUACAACGGACAUUGAUUUCAUCGAAAGAGAAAAAUUCGACAUUUUGAUGGAAAAGUGUGUUAAACUUUUAACCAAGUAUGGCCGCAUUCUGUGGUGCACGGAACUCGGUGUUGUCUUAACUAUUUAUGGUCUACUACUCGAAGCUUACGUACACGGCGCCGUUGGGGAAGCUCAAUCACAUGAUGAGCUUAAUAACAACGGCUGAUUACUAUCGAGAAAUGAAGAAGCAUCACAUUCAUUUAUUUUUACAUAAUUUUUAUAUAUAUGUUAUAUUUUUAAUCAACAUUUUCAUUCAAUAUUUAAAAAAAAAAAAACAAACCUAAGUCGACGUCUUUACUCUAGUGUUUGUCACUUCGUUUUAUCUUUGUAAUUUCGAAUGUAAUUCGUUUAUUAAAUAUGGAAAACCAGCGGUUGUAUCAUAAAAAUAAAAUAAAAUUCAC